GACCAUAUCUUGUAUCAUCCAACCACAAUCAUCACAACAUUGCACAGAGAAAAAAAGAAAGAGAAAAAAGAAUGGGAAAAUGGGAAAGUUCAUUUUUGACGAAAAUCGUCGUUCUCCUAAGUUUUGCAACAGUUGCUCUUGGUAAUUCUAACAGUGGUUUACGUGCAUUUUAUUUGGUGCAGCAGUGGUUAGGAUCGUACUGUAACCAAAGAGGGACGAGAUGCUGUUUACCAGCUACAGGGAAGCCAAGUGCAGAUUUUACUAUUUACGGGCUUUGGCCUUACUACAACGACGGUAGCUUCCCUUACAACUGCGGCGACGACAACUAUGACGUCGGCCGGAUUAAGUUCUUGGAGAAAAGGCUACAAAAGUCAUGGCCAUCAUUCACAUGUCCACAAAUAGGAAGGAAGUUUUGGGUGCAUGAAUGGAACAAACAUGGAACAUGCUCAAAAUCCACCCUAGGAGAAAUCCCUUACUUCCAAGCCGCUCUGAACCUCAAGAACAAGGCCAACGUCUUUCAUGCCUUAACACGAGCCGGGAUUAGGCCAAACAACCAGUUUUACUCUCUCAAAUCCAUUAAAAAGGCGAUAGUUCGAUCAAUAGGGUUUCACCCUUGGAUUGAGUGUAACCAUAAUGCUCAAGGGAAAAGCCAGAUUUGGCAAGUCACAUUUUGUGCUGAUAGAACUGGAAGGAAGCUCAUCAAAUGCCCUUACAUUCCUAGAGGACGCGGUAGUUGUGCCUCCAAAAUUAUGUUUCCGGCUUUCUAUUAAUCUAUAUAUAGUAAUAUCAAGCUGAAUUAGCCAUUUUUAGAGCUUAUUCUAUUGUGUAUUUAUAAAACGCUUAAAAUUAAUUGUGUAUUUUUGUUGCUAAUUUUUGCCAAGCAACAACAUUGAGUUUACAGCUUCUUUUUUCUUACUUGUAUGAACACUAAUUGGCCCGGUAUUGUGUAUAAUUCAAUCCGGUCAGUUUGUAACAUGUAAAACCUUAAUAUAUAUAAUGUGAUUUUCGUUAUUUA